AUGAUUCUGUCUGCAGAAGAGAUCGCUUCGUUGCAGGCUACAAAGACAAUCGGUAUCAUUGGGCUGGGCGAUAUGGGUCUUCUGUACGCCCGGCGAUUUACGGAGGCCGGAUGGACCGUUUGCGGCUGUGACAGAGAGGAAAACUACACCAAGUUCAGCGCUGAGCCAUUUGAGGUGCUCAAAAAUGGCCAUCUGGUUUCGCGAAAGAGCGACCUGAUCAUCUACAGCGUGGAGGCCGAGAACGUCCCCAAGAUCGUCAAGAUGUAUGCGCCGUCGACGAAAGUGGGGGCCAUUGUUGGAGGACAAACGUCGUGCAAACAGGUUGAGAUCCGGGCGUUUGAAGAGUGCUUGCCCGAGGACGUUGAGAUCGUUUCGAUGCACUCGUUGCACGGACCGCGCGUGGACACCACGGGCCAGCCGUUGGUUCUGAUCCAGCACCGGGCGUCUGACGAAAGCUUCAAUUUCGUGGAGUCUGUGCUUUCGUGUCUGCACUCCAAACAUGUCUAUCUAUCUUAUCAGGAGCACGACAGAAUCACUGCCGACACACAGGCUGUCACCCAUGCCGCCUUUCUAAGCAUGGGAGUCGCGUGGCACAACUGCAACCAGUACCCUUGGGAGACUCCGAAAUGGAUUGGGGGACUGGAGAAUGCCAAGAUCAAUAUCAGUUUGAGAAUCUACAGCAAUAAGUACCAUGUUUACGCCGGACUAGCCAUCACAAACCCGUCGGCACACGAGCAGAUCCUUCAGUACGCGAACUCGUGCACGGACCUGUUUUCGCUGAUGAUCCAGAAUAACGGCGACGAGCUGCGUCGGAGAAUCUACCGUGCCAAAGAAGCUGUUUUUGGACAUCUUCCCAAAGACCAUGCAUUAUUACUGGACGACGAUCUGUUGCAGCAGUACUCGUUGAGCAAGAUCCCGCCAGAGGGAAAACAGCCGAACUCGCAUUUGUCGUUGCUGGCGAUCGUUGACAGCUGGAGCUGUUUGGGGAUUGUUCCGUACGACCACAUCAUUUGCUCCACGCCGCUGUUCCGUAUAUUUUUAGGAGUGACGGAGUAUCUAUUCUGCACUCCUGGACUACUGGAAGGGUGUCUUGAGGACGGACUGAGCAAGACGUCGUUCCGCCAGGACGAUCUGAACUUUGUGAUUGCCGCACGCGAGUGGUCCAGCAUCGUUUCUUACGGCGAUUACGACCUGUACAAGGAGAGGUUUGUCAAGACCCAGAAUUUCUUCAUGCCGAUGAUCGGCGAGGCUAACAAGACAGGAAACGAGAUGAUCAAGAUGAUCCUGAAGCGAGUUGAGGAGCAGGAGCGUGGAGAAAAAAAAUAG